GGCCAGCAGUGCCCGCAGCACCACCACCCUCACCGCGUUCGUCGCCACCGCGCAGCGCGCAGCGUCACGAAGCCAUACGGCGUCGCACCAGUCUUCUCCAGCGCCAGACGCGCUGUUCCUCCACUCGGUUCUAAACCGUGCGCGAAUCACGCGACUGCACGGCCGCAGCACGCCGCCCACGCCGCGCACGCACGGACGGAUAGCCAGCAGCUGCUCCAGGCCGCGCAGCGCGCAGCUCCGCCGCCAACAAGUCCCGGCCGGGACUCGAACCCUGGACCGCACGGCCAGCGCUCCGCCGCCGCGCAGAGAGAUGAAGCCUCGAUAGCACGCGGCCGGAUCGGGUCUGCAGCGACACAGCGACACCGAGACCAGGACCUCCACCGCCAGCAGCAGCAUCACACGGCGGCACCAUGGACCUCGCCUACCUGUCCGACGCCUUCUCCCACAUGACCAUGCGGGGGGCGUACGGGCGCUACGACCAGCCCUGGGGCCGCGGCUGGGCCCCCGAGGAGCGCGGCGGACUGACAGUUGCUGAAAAGCAUCGCCAGGCCAACAGACAGAAGAAGCUAGAGCAGAAGAAGCAGAGCCAACCCUGCCCCAUCUGUGUGGAGAACAAGAGACGCAAGCUGGGAUCUUACAUCCGGCAAAAGUCCCAAGAAAACUCGACAGUCCUCGUUGAGGAAGAAGAAGAGUGUGCGCCCCAUGACCAAACUACACAUCAGAAUGAGUGCCAGGAAAACAGUGGCAAUGUUAAGUCGAAGCCAGAGGCUUCUCCCUAAAGACUGAUGGAAGACACUUGUGUCGGAGAGAGAAAAAAUAAGAUUUUUUAAUGAAGUAUUUUAAAGCAGUGAGUUUACAUAGAUAUUUAAAAUGGUUAAGAGAAUGGUGGCAUUAGCACAAAUUACUUGAAUUCAAUUUCAGAAACUACCUUAACUUUAUUUGAAGUGUAGUAAGCCAAAAGCAUUUCAGGAACAAGGCAAUAAUGCCACCACUCGAACCUAGACUGAUAAGGUGAACCAUGUGUUCAUAGAAGUAGUAAGAGAGUUUGAUGACUUUCCAUGAAAACAUAACUGAAGGAUGGAAUUACAAAGUGUAUUGUAAUUACUAUCUCAAACAUGAAAUCAUUAUUUUAAAAAGAUACAUUCUGUCUAACAUAUUGUGUCUGCUGUGCAACACGUAAGUGGGCUGACUUAAUGAAAUCUACAAGAGUACAAAAUAUACAUGGACUAUGCCAAUGACCAUUGAUAAUACAACCAGCUGAAGCUGUGCAGACUUUGUUAAGACUGAAAACUGUGUAGCUCACAUAUGAUUCCUGAUAUGAUAUAAAGAUCAGCGAUUGCAACUAGAUGUUUCUGUUCAGGCUGAUGCUAAGAAUCCAAUGUCUUCUUCCAAGUUGCAAUUAAGUUCUGACAACCUAAUAAUUUAUUCGAUUUAUGAGCUUGCUAAAUUCUAGUCAAAUAUGAAAUUUCCUCAUAAAUGCAGUCUUUGAGUAAAGCAUUUAGAUAACUGGUACUCCUGAAAGUGCAAAUUAAAAGGUCCAUUUUCUGUGUGAGCGGCCACUGCUUGUAAAUAUAACACUAGCAAGUACCCUAAUGUAAAUGCCUGAGAUUUGUGAUUUCCCAAACUUAUUGGGCCAGAGUUUGUACAUUUUCUAAAAUAAUAUAGAUAUGGAAAGGCUAUCGUUAUCACCAAUAUUGUAUCUUCAAAUUUGCACAAUAGUGUAUCAGGCAAAUGAUAUCCAUAGUGAUAAAUGAAGUAUUAAAUGUUAACAACCUAACAUUCA